AUGAGCGUCCCAUAUAAGCAAGCCGAGCACAAGCUCACCAUGAUUCCUGGUCCAAUUGAAUUCUCCGAUCCAGUUUUGUACGCCAUGGCAACGCCUUCCCAGGCACACACCUCGCCAGAGUUUGUCAAGACCUUCCAGUCUGUUUUGCAAAAUUUGCGUAAGUUGUUUAAGUCUACCGACCCAAAGGCACAGCCAUAUGUUCUUGCUGGCUCAGGAACCUUGGGUUGGGACGUGGCCGCUGCCAAUUUGAUCAACAAGGGCGACAAGGUCCUUGUAUUACUGACUGGUUUCUUUUCCGACUCCUUUGCUGACUGUUUGCGUGUGUAUGACGCUGAUGUGGAUGUGAUCACUGCUCCAGUUGGUGAUGUCGUUCCACUCGACGACAUCGAGGCUAAAUUGGCUAAAGAGAAGUACACCGCCAUCACCAUCACUCACGUUGAUACCUCAACGUCGGUGGUGUCGGAUGUUGAAAAGAUUUCUGCCAUUGUGAAGAAGGUUUCCCCAGAAACUUUGGUGAUUGUCGAUGGUGUGUGCUCUAUUGGUGUGGAGAACUUGGAGUUUGACAAGUGGGGCAUUGACUUUGCCUUGACCGCUUCCCAGAAGGCCCUUGGUGUGCCAGCUGGCUUGUCUGUUUUCUUUGCUUCGCCAAGAGCCGUUGAGAAGGCCUUGACCAGAGAGAAGGACCUGACCUUUUUUGCUUCUUUGAAAAGAUGGACGCCUAUUAUGAAAGCCUAUGAGUCUGGAAACGGUGCAUACUUUGCCACUCCAGCCGUUCAAACGAUCACUGCCUUGAAGGUGUCGUUAGAUGAGAUUUUGUCCGAGUCUUUGGAUGCCAGAUUUGCCAAGCAUGCUGAGGUGUCUACCAAAUUCAAGAAGGACAUGGAGAAGUUGGGCUUGAAGAUCUUGCCAGUGUCACAUGACGUUGCCGCCCAUGGUCUUACUGCCGUUUACUUCCCUGAGGGUGUCAACGGUGCUGACUUGUUGGGUAAGUUGGCAACCAAGGGAUUUACAGUUGCUGGUGGAAUCCACAAGGCCUUGGUGGGCAAAUACUUCCGUGUGGGACACAUGGGCUACUCUGUUUAUGAGGGCCACGUUGACCAGGUCAGCGCAGCCAUUUCAGACACUGUUGGUGAAUUGACCAAGUAG